CUCGUCCUGUCAUAGCAAACAUACUAUAUCACAUCGAACUCGCUGAUUAAUUUUACUCCCCAUCAAAACACUACCAAAAUGGGCUUCUUCCACCAUCACGAGAAAUCAUCCGACAACCCGCCGGCAUACCAAGGCCAGCAACAGCAACAGGCCUACCAGCAGUCCUAUCAGUCGGGACCCCCCCAGCCAGGCCCAUACCCUUUCAGCAUCUUCUCCCCGCCUCAGGACCCCAACCACAUUGUCUUCACCAUCGCCGACCUCGGCAAGGGCCAUGACGCCCUGGUGAGCCCCAACCACAGCCCGGCCAACCCGGCCUACCGGAUCGAGUACACCUCGGACGGCUUCAAGUGCCUGCGCACGCCUCUCCCCUCCCUAGAUCCGCGCGGGGCGGUUCUUGCGGGCUCCGCUAUCAGCCGCAAGAACACGACCAGCACAGCCGGAAGGGUGCAUCUUGAGUACCCCUGGGGUAAGUGGGACUACAACCCGCUCUCCCCCGCAACGGAGCUCUGGAAGAGCGACGUGGGCCUGUUGAACGGCACGAGCGGCAUGUCGUGGCACCUGAUCAAGCCUGUUGAGGCGCAGACCACGGGCCGGUUCGCGGUGCGGUGCUUCGACACGGCUGAGCGCGGGUACCCGACCGUGGCGAGCUUCGAGAUGGAGAACUGGGACUUUGGGGUGCUGAGUGUUCAUGCUGGUGUGGUGCGAUCCCAGCAGCAGCUAGAUGAGAUCGUCGUGCUGUCAUUUGCGGUGAUGGACUACAUCAGGGUCGUGAUCAGGAGCACGGGUGGUGUACAGAAGAGGCCGGGCGGUGGAAACAAUAAUGACAAGCAGUUCUGGAUGACGAUGGCGUUGUCGCAGCAGGCGCAGAAUCAACAGGCACAGGGGAAUUGAUAAUAGAAAUGAUUAUAUGGUGUGUUUGGGUGGGUGUGUGGUGUGUGUGAGAGAGAGAGAGAGAGAGAAGAGGAGAGAGGGAGAACCGAUUUUGAUUCGAUCUCAUAUAUCUUGUGAGGGAUAACAGCGCUGGCUCGUCAGACGUCUUGAAGAUUUCUAGCUUAUUCACAUACAUGCAACGAGAUUGGAAAGACAGACAGACAGACACAUACAUACACACACAUCAAGACUUAGUUC